CCUCGCAGCGCGCAGCACUGUCCGCGCAGAGCUGAGCGGGGGCGGCGGGCGCAGCUGCUGGGAUCCUUCAGCCGAGGACUAGCGAUCCGAUCUGGUGGACUCGGAAGCGGCGGAGCCGCGGGGAGCGUACGGGCCCGGUCGCAGACAGAGCUGGCAACCGUUCCCGGAGGAAAUGGGGCCGAGCGGGCCGGGAGCAGAAGGGAAGGAAGCGCGGGAUCGCUGAUGUCAGAGCAGCCCGGAAAGUCGCGCCGGGAAAACCUGAAGACAGCCGGCUUUGCGCUUCCCCGGAGGGACCCUGCUGGACCCCACGCCCCUUCGCGUCCGGGUCCCUGAGUGCAGGCGACCGGGGUGAAGACGCGCGGUCCUAAUCGAGGGCCACCCCAGGAAUACAGGCAGGCGGCCGGCGCGGGCCGUGGAUUUUAAUGAUCUUGGGUUCCAUGUGGACCUGGCCGUCUGUCUGACUCGGGUCGGGCAGGGACUGGGCGCGCGCUGCCCUGGGCAGCCGCCAGCCUAGUCGGAAGAAGCGGAGACGCAAGGACAGACAGACACUGCCGAGCUGGAACCAUGUGAGAGCUGACCCAGAGAAGUAGAGUAGUACACAGAGGAGCUAUCCCUCCAGCCUUGCCCCUCUCGGGAUGGAGCAGAGGAGGUCCCAGCUGUGGACCAUGCAGGCUGAGAACUUGUCAGUGGUACUGCUCUCAGUGGCCUGGCUGCUGCUAGCUCAUGAAACCACAGGUAUGCCUCAGUUCAGCACCUUCCACUCUGAGAACCGUGACUGGACUUUCAACCAUUUGACUGUACACAGGAGAACAGGGGCCGUGUAUGUGGGGGCCAUCAACCGUGUCUACAAGUUGACAGGCAACCUCACAAUUCAGGUGGCUCACAAGACAGGGCCAGAAGAAGACAACAAGGCCUGCUACCCACCCCUGAUUGUACAGCCCUGCAGUGAGGUGCUCACACUCACCAACAAUGUUAACAAACUACUGAUCAUUGACUACUCCGAGAAUCGCCUGCUUGCCUGUGGCAGUCUCUACCAGGGAGUUUGCAAGCUCCUGAGGCUAGAUGACCUCUUCAUCCUGGUGGAGCCAUCCCACAAGAAGGAGCACUACUUGUCCAGCGUCAAUAAGACAGGCACCAUGUAUGGGGUGAUUGUGCGCUCUGAGGGGGAAGAUGGCAAGCUUUUUAUUGGCACUGCUGUGGAUGGAAAGCAGGAUUACUUCCCUACCUUGUCCAGCCGCAAGCUACCCCGUGACCCUGAGUCUUCAGCCAUGCUGGACUAUGAGCUCCACAGUGAUUUUGUCUCCUCCCUCAUCAAGAUCCCCUCUGACACCCUAGCCCUGGUCUCCCACUUUGACAUCUUCUACAUCUAUGGCUUUGCCAGCGGAGGUUUUGUCUACUUUCUCACUGUCCAGCCAGAGACCCCUGAGGGUGUGGCCAUCAACUCAGCUGGAGACCUCUUCUAUACCUCAAGAAUUGUGCGUCUCUGCAAGGAUGACCCCAAGUUCCACUCCUAUGUGUCCCUGCCCUUUGGCUGCACACGUGCUGGGGUAGAAUACCGCCUCUUGCAGGCAGCUUAUCUCGCAAAGCCUGGAGAAGCUCUAGCUCAGGCCUUCAACAUCAGCAGCGAUGAGGAUGUGCUAUUUGCCAUCUUCUCCAAAGGGCAGAAGCAGUACCACCACCCACCCGACGACUCUGCCCUCUGUGCCUUCCCCAUUCGGGCCAUCAACUUGCAGAUCAAGGAGCGGUUGCAGUCCUGCUACCAUGGAGAGGGCAACUUGGAGCUCAACUGGCUUCUGGGAAAGGAUGUGCAGUGCACCAAGGCGCCAGUCCCCAUUGAUGAUAACUUCUGUGGCCUGGACAUCAACCAACCUCUGGGAGGCUCCACUCCUGUGGAGGGACUGACCCUGUACACCACCAGCAGGGACCGCUUAACUUCGGUGGCUUCUUAUGUUUACAAUGGCUACAGUGUGGUUUUUGUGGGGACUAAGAGUGGCAAGCUGAAGAAGAUUCGAGCUGAUGGUCCCCCCCAUGGUGGGGUCCAGUAUGAAAUGGUCUCUGUGUUCAAAGAUGGGAGCCCAAUCCUCCGCGACAUGGCCUUCUCCAUCAAUCAGCUCUACCUAUAUGUCAUGUCUGAGAGACAGGUCACCAGGGUCCCUGUUGAAUCAUGUGAACAGUACACAACUUGUGGAGAGUGUCUAAGCUCAGGGGAUCCUCACUGUGGCUGGUGUGCCCUGCACAACAUGUGCUCCCGAAGGGACAAAUGCCAACGGGCGUGGGAAGCAAAUAGAUUCGCUGCCAGUAUCAGCCAGUGCAUGAGCCUUGAGGUGCACCCCAGUAGCAUCUCUGUAUCAGACCACAGCCGGCUGCUCAGCCUGGUUGUAAAUGAUGCCCCCAACCUCUCUGAGGGUAUCGCCUGUGCCUUUGGGAACUUGACUGAGGUGGAAGGACAGGUAUCUGGGAGCCAAGUCAUCUGCAUCUCACCUGGGCCCAAGGACGUCCCUGUUAUCCCUCUAGAUCAAGAUUGGUUCGGCCUAGAGUUGCAGCUGAGAUCCAAGGAGACAGGAAAGAUCUUUGUCAGCACCGAGUUCAAGUUCUAUAACUGCAGUGCCCACCAACUGUGCCUGUCCUGUGUCAACAGCGCCUUCCGCUGCCAUUGGUGCAAGUACCGAAACCUCUGCACACAUGACCCCACCACCUGCUCCUUCCAGGAAGGCAGGAUCAAUGUUUCAGAGGACUGUCCCCAGCUUGUGCCCACAGAGGAGAUUCUGAUCCCAGUUGGAGAAGUGAAACCAAUCACCCUCAAGGCCCGGAACCUUCCCCAGCCCCAGUCUGGCCAGCGGGGCUAUGAGUGCGUGCUCAACAUCCAGGGGGCUGUUCACCGAGUCCCUGCCCUGCGCUUCAACAGUUCCAGUGUGCAGUGCCAAAAUAGCUCGUACCAGUAUGAUGGAAUGGACAUCAGCAACCUAGCAGUGGACUUUGCUGUGGUGUGGAAUGGCAACUUCAUCAUUGACAACCCUCAGGACCUGAAAGUUCAUCUCUACAAGUGUGCAGCCCAGCGGGAGAGCUGUGGCCUCUGUCUCAAGGCUGAUCACAAGUUUGAGUGUGGCUGGUGCAGCGAUGAACGCAGGUGUACCCUCCACCAACACUGCCCCAGCACUUCUAGCCCUUGGCUCGACUGGUCCAGCCACAACGUCAAAUGUUCCAACCCCCAAAUCACAGAGAUUUUGACAGUAUCAGGACCACCUGAAGGAGGGACUCGUGUGACCAUCCAUGGAGUGAACCUGGGCUUGGACUUCUCCGAGAUCGCUCAUCAUGUGCAGGUGGCUGGAGUACCCUGCACACCCCUGCCAGGGGAAUACAUCAUCGCUGAGCAGAUCGUCUGUGAGAUGGGCCAUGCUCCUAUGGGCGCUACAUCUGGGCCUGUACGCCUGUGCAUUGGGGAAUGCAACGAAGAGUUCAUGACAAAUUCCCACCAGCAAUACACUUUCGUGAACCCUUCUGUGCUGUCACUCAGCCCCAUUCGGGGACCAGAGUCAGGAGGUACCAAGGUGACCAUCACAGGCCAUUACCUUGGUGCUGGGAGCAGUGUGGCAGUGUACCUGGGCAAUCAGACCUGCAAAUUCGAGGGGAGGUCCAUGAAUGAGAUUUUCUGUGUUUCACCCCCAUCCUCCAAUGGACUGGGACCAGUCCCUGUCUCCGUGAGUGUUGACAGAGCCCGGAUAGAUAGCAGUCUGCAGUUUGAAUACAUAGAUGACCCUCGGGUCCAACGCAUUGAGCCAGAGUGGAGUAUCACUAGUGGCCACACACCCCUAACUGUCACAGGCUUCAACUUGGAUGUCAUUCAGGAGCCAAAGAUCCGAGUCAAGUUUAAUGGCAAAGAAUCUGUCAAUGUGUGUACAGUGGUAAACACAACCACGCUGACCUGUCUGGCACCUUCUCUGACCAGCGACUACCGUCCAGGCCUGGACACUGUGGAACGGCCAGAUGAGUUUGGCUUUGUCUUUAACAAUGUCCAGUCCUUACUCAUCUAUAAUGACACCAAGUUCAUCUAUUAUCCCAACCCAACUUUUGAACUGCUCAGCCCCACUGGAAUCUUGGAUCAGAAACCAGGCUCGCCCAUCAUCCUGAAGGGCAAAAAUCUCUGCCCUCCUGCCUCUGGAGGGGCCAAACUCAACUACACAGUGAUGAUUGGAGAGACACCAUGUGCAGUCACUGUGUCUGAGACGCAGCUGCUCUGUGAACCUCCCAACCUCACUGGGCAGCACAAGGUUAUGGUUCACGUGGGUGGGAUGGUGUUCUCACCUGGCUCGGUGAGUGUCAUCUCCGACAGCUUGCUGACCCUGCCAGCCAUCAUCAGCAUCGCGGCUGGCGGAAGCCUCCUCCUUAUCAUCGUCAUCAUUGUCCUCAUCGCUUACAAGCGCAAGUCUAGGGAAAAUGACCUCACGCUCAAGCGCCUACAAAUGCAGAUGGACAACCUGGAGUCUAGGGUGGCCCUGGAGUGCAAGGAAGCUUUUGCGGAGCUUCAGACAGACAUUAAUGAGCUAACCAGCGACCUGGACCGGUCAGGAAUCCCUUACCUGGACUACCGCACCUAUGCCAUGCGAGUUCUAUUCCCAGGCAUUGAGGACCACCCUGUUCUGCGGGAGCUGGAGGUACAGGGAAACGGACAGCAGCACGUGGAGAAAGCCCUGAAACUCUUCGCCCAGCUCAUCAACAACAAGGUUUUCCUGUUGACCUUCAUUCGCACACUGGAGCUGCAGCGCAGCUUCUCCAUGCGUGACCGCGGCAAUGUGGCUUCUCUCAUCAUGACAGGCCUUCAGGGCCGCCUGGAAUAUGCCACAGACGUCCUCAAGCAGCUACUGUCUGACCUCAUCGACAAGAACCUGGAGAACAAGAACCACCCCAAGCUUCUUCUCCGCAGGACUGAGUCUGUGGCUGAGAAGAUGCUGACCAACUGGUUUGCUUUCCUUCUACACAAGUUCCUGAAGGAAUGUGCUGGGGAGCCACUCUUCAUGCUGUACUGUGCCAUCAAGCAGCAGAUGGAGAAAGGCCCCAUCGAUGCUAUCACUGGUGAGGCCCGCUACUCCCUGAGUGAGGACAAACUCAUCCGGCAGCAGAUCGAGUACAAGACCCUGAUCCUGAACUGCGUCAACCCUGACAAUGAGAACAGCCCAGAGAUCCCAGUGAAGGUGUUAAACUGUGACACCAUCACCCAAGUCAAGGAGAAGAUCCUCGAUGCCGUAUAUAAGAACGUCCCCUACUCCCAGCGGCCAAGGGCUGUGGACAUGGACCUGGAGUGGCGCCAAGGCCGGAUUGCCAGAGUGGUGUUGCAGGAUGAAGACAUUACCACCAAGAUAGAGGGUGACUGGAAGCGGCUUAACACGCUGAUGCACUACCAGGUGUCAGACAGGUCAGUGGUGGCUCUGGUACCCAAGCAGACCUCCUCCUACAACAUCCCUGCCUCUGCGAGCAUCUCCCGGACAUCCAUUAGCAGAUAUGACUCUUCGUUCAGGUACACAGGCAGCCCAGACAGCCUUCGGUCCCGGGUCCCCAUGAUCACUCCAGACCUGGAGAGUGGUGUCAAGGUGUGGCAUCUGGUGAAGAACCAUGACCAUGGUGACCAGAAGGAGGGUGACCGGGGCAGCAAAAUGGUAUCUGAGAUCUACUUGACCCGGCUCCUGGCCACCAAGGGCACCCUGCAGAAAUUUGUGGACGACUUGUUUGAGACCUUAUUCAGCACUGUGCACCGGGGGAGCGCGCUCCCGCUAGCCAUCAAGUACAUGUUUGAUUUCCUGGAUGAGCAGGCAGACAGACACAGUAUCCAUGACACGGAUGUGCGGCACACCUGGAAAAGCAACUGCCUCCCUCUGCGUUUCUGGGUGAAUGUCAUCAAAAACCCCCAGUUCGUGUUUGACAUCCACAAGGGCAGCAUCACAGAUGCUUGCCUCUCUGUGGUAGCCCAGACCUUCAUGGACUCCUGUUCCACAUCAGAGCACCGACUGGGCAAGGACUCACCUUCCAAUAAGUUGCUCUAUGCCAAGGAUAUCCCCAGUUACAAGAACUGGGUAGAAAGAUACUAUGCAGAUAUUGCCAAGCUCCCAGCCAUUAGUGACCAAGAUAUGAAUGCCUACCUCGCGGAGCAGUCCCGCCUGCACGCCACAGAGUUCAAUAUGCUGAGCGCCCUCAACGAGAUCUACUCCUAUGUCAGCAAGUACAGUGAAGAGCUCAUCGGGGCACUAGAGCAGGAUGAGCAGGCCCGGCGGCAGCGGCUAGCCUACAAGGUGGAGCAUCUCAUCAAUGCCAUGUCCAUCGAGAGCUGAAAGGAGGACCUCCUGUUUCUGGAAGAGGGACCCAUACAAGCGAUCACACUGGUGUCUCCAAAGGGAAGAUAGGACGAGAGAGGGGUAUCAGGCCCCAGAGCUGGCUGCCCACUGAAAGCUCAUGAGGGGAAAGGGAAAGGCUCCGCUCUCAGUGCCAGACGUGUUUCGUCAUAGCCAGUUCCUUCCAGGACAGCAAACACCACCCAUCACAGUGUGAGCUCAGGACAGCACGGGCAAGGAAGGUGCCCUUCAAGUGAGAGGCUUGAACCCGGUGGUUCCGCCUCUGUGACUGCUGCUUUGCAUGAAAACUCAUUUGAUGUAUAUUGGGAAAUAAUGAGAACUUAUUUAAUUUUUUUAAGAAAAAGGGAAAAACAGAAAUAAAACAAAACAUAAAGCC